ACGAGUCCUGUUGCAGCUCUGCCUGCCCCAGCUAUGGAGGUGGGGACAGCGGGGGACCCCCAUGGGGCCUGGGGGGACACCCCAGCAGGGACCUACAUCGUCCCCAACAGGCUCCCACCCGAGCGAUGUCCCCGUGGGGUUGUGCCUGUGUCCCCACAGCCGGUGAUGAUCCUGCAGCAGCUUCCUGGGACUGCGGCUGCCCUGGGCCCCCCCGCCGGACCCCUGCAAGUCCGGGGAGCAGAUUUAAUCGAUUUGAUGAUGAUUCAAAACUCCCAAAUGCACCAGGUGGUGAUGAACAGGCUGGCUGUAUCGGCGCUGACGUCCUUCGGGUUCGGGCCAUCCCCAGCCGCUGCCCAGGCGAUGGCAAUGCCUUUGCAGACCACAGAGGAAGAGGAGGCUGUGGUUUUCCAUCAUCACUACAUCCCCUAUCCCAGUCCUGCUCCCGUCCUGCCAUGGCCGGUCCCGGUGCAGGAUCGGGGACUGGUGGCUGUGCGGCACCUGGGCACAGGCUCAUUAGCUGAGGAUGGGGAGGUUGCAGUGCCCCCCCCUCCACCUCCCAGUGCCACGGGGACCGUGGGAGCCAACGUUCCACCAGCAUCAGAGUACUAUGACAUGAUGGCAGAGAGGCUGUGAGCUCCAUGCUUCCCAAGAUGGUUUCUCCUGCACAUCCUAGCCCUCAACCCCAGAAGAUCCUGCAGGUGCUGAGCAUGGGUGCUCCAUGAUACCUAUAAGUUUUGGGGUGUCACAAAGCCUGUUACCAAACCCCAGCUGACAGCAUGACCCCAAACAGGGACAAGCUUUAUCUCCAUGCUCUGCAGGCUUGUCCCUGGUGACACCCCGAUCCUGGCUGGACAAUAUGUCUCUGCCGAACCAUGAGGACUCUGCAGAACAGGCUGUGUUGUGUCCCCAUAGUUGGGUGCUGGCAGCCCAGGUGGCCCUGGUCUUCAUUAAUCCCUUCAGAUCUCAAAGCAGCACAUUGCCUGUAAUUAAUUUGCUUUGUUAAGAAAGCACCCUGCUGUCACUAAUUAAGCAUUUGUAAUUAUCAGACUGCUGGCUCGUUGCCUGAAUGCAGGGUUCCCUUUGAGCUGGGAGGGUAAAGGUGGGGUGUGAGCAUACAUC